AUGCAUCGUCUUGCUAACGAGAUCUUGACCUUGAUUGUCGACUAUUUGCCUACAGCUGAUGACUAUGGGUUAAGAAGGGAUCUGAAAGCUCUCAGAUUAUCUCAUAGGAAUUUCUCAGGCGUGGUAACGCCGCGUCUGUUCUACGUUGUUGCACUAUGGAUAGGUCUCAAGAGCGUAAUGAAUCUUCAACAGAUCGCUGAGCAUCCCCAAAUUCGUCAUUUAGUAAAGACAAUCGUCUUUUCGCCUAUCGGUCUAACAAUUUCGCGGUCGAAGUACCAACGUGUCCACCAAGCUCGGUCUUACCUUACGGAACAAAAUCUAUCUCAAACGACCCUGAAUCUGAAGCUCUAUAUUCAUUCGACGGCAUAUGAGACAUUAUCUCAUGAUCAGUAUUUCCUACAAGAGAAUGAAAUACUCUCGCAAGCUUUUGCUAGCCUAACCAAUCUAGAGACCAUUGAAAUUGAUAUUAAGAAUGAAUUCAUCGGGGCUGGGGAGCUUUAUACCAGAUUUGGCUUCCUUCAUGGUAGGGAGAUAUCAGCAGACGGAGAAGUCAGCUUUCCUAUUUUCAUAAAUGCGUUAGCGAAGGCGUCGAAGCGACCUAAGGUCUUCAAGUUCACUGGCCAGGAAUCCCCUCUUCCUUCACUUUCCAACAAGAACAUUCCAGACAACCAGAUCGCACACGCUUGCCGUGAGAGGCUGUAUGUUCGUGGAAUGAAUGCAAAACUAUCAAUAGGAGCACUUUGUGAGGCUUUCAAGUACGGUCUCAACGACGUCAUGCCGCUAUUCACAAGCCUCGAGAAGUUUGACACAGGGGAUCUGAAUCUAGAGCUCGUAAGCGAGGACGACGUCGAAGAUCUUGCAUACUGCAUCAGAAGAAUACUUGGAGCAGCUCCAGAUAUCCAUGAGCUUUAUCUCAUGAUAAAGGACGUUGCCUCGUAUGGAUUCACUGAGUGGACGGACUACGUUCCGUCCAACAAAUCUUUCCACAACUUGCGCGCUUUUGAACUCCACCCUUACAAGGUGAUCACCAAUGGGUGUAAAGACUUAACAUCCUUUCUCUCUCGUCACAAGAACACUCUAGAAAAAGUUCAGAUCAAUUACGGAUGUCUAGAGGAGACCGAGAAUUGGCCUUAUGCCUUAGUCAAGCUAAGACAGGAUGGGUUCGAUCGCCUGUCCAGCUUCAUCAUUGCAGACGUCGAGCAAGAGAAUGACUCUGGGAAAGUCAGGAAUGUCGAUGUCACAGGAUAUAUCAACAGGCUGACUGAUGACCAUGGUUUAUAA